CAGAGUGAUGGAGAGGGCAGAAGAAUGUUUCCGUACCCGGUUCCUCCCAUCGAAGAGAACGUGUUGGACGAGGGGAAACUGCUCAAACCCUGGGACACAAAGAAGUUGCCUCUGUUGUCGUCCCGACCUAAAUCUUGUGAAGUCCCUGGCAUCAACAUCUUUACUUCACCGGAGCAGCCGUCCACGCCCGUUCACGGUGUCCCCUUGUCUCUAAACACCGGCGGCUCACUGCCCGACCUGUCCAGCCUGCACUUUCCCUCCCCGCUGCCCACGCCGCUGGACCAGGACGAGCCCAGCUACGGGGGAUCCUCUUCUCUGAGCGGCGGGAGCAGCACCGGGAACUUGGCCUCCACACUUACACAGCUGGGCAUCAAUGUACCUGGAGGCAACGGCAACUUCCAUCACCAUACACCAGUGUUGUCUUCAGAGACAGUGUUGUCUUCAGAGACAGUGUUGUCCUCAGAGACACUGUCCCCUUUGAGCAUUCAUCAGCAGGUGGUGGAGACCUAA